AUGUAUAUGAUCAUUGAUAAGGAAUGCCUACAGACGCUGUUAGGCACUUCGGUGGAAACCUUAGAGCAGGACACCAAUAACGAAAGAUAUAAGACAGUCCUCGAAGCGUGGCCUGAAAUCGAUCAAUAUGACACCUUUCCGGGAUGGAUGAAAUGUCGUUCGCUGCUGCUAUGGCAUCUAUGGUUGAUGAUGUGCGAUCUUGACGAGAUGAGAAUGUCCUGGGAAAAGAUUGAUGCAGAAGAUGAUGGGAACCACGCACGGGAACACGGGAACACAUCAGGACUAAGGGCGCUAGACCAAAAGGGUCAGGAUUAG